AUGUCAGGUUUGUCUUCUGAUGAGUUGGCGGAGGAUUACAAGGCCUCGCUUGAAGAUUUGUCUUUCAACUCUAGGUACGAAAUUAGCAAUCUCACUGUCAUCGCAAGGGAGAAUAUCCAUGCAGCUCAAGCGAUUGCCAGGACACUAGAGCAGCACAUCCAUAAUACCGCACCGUCGCGAAAACUCCCCGCACUGUACCUUCUCGACUCUAUCGCCAAAAAUGUCGGCACUCCCUACACCCUAUUCUUCCAGCGGAACUUGUACCAGACCUUCAUGGAUGCAUACAUAGUGGUUGAACAACCGGUGCGACGGAAACUCGAGGAGAUGCUCCAGACAUGGAAGCAGGCAGUUCCAGGUUCGACCUCGUCAGCGCCGGUCUUUGGACAGGAGGUCACACGCAAAAUCGACAAUGCUCUGAUCAAGGCUCGGACCGCGGCGCUGCAUUUUCAGCAGAAACAGAUGCGACAGAGCCAGGCCCUCGGUCUGGACAGAGCGGUCGGCAGGACCCCGCCCCCGCAACAGUUCAGAAAUACUCCGCCACCACAUCCUAAUGGCCAUGGAUACGAGGAUUAUCACAGAAGUGCUACUGGAACACCCCAGGCACAGCAAAACGGUACUGCGUCGGCCAUGGGCAACGCUUCGGCUUCUGGGGGAUUGCAGCAGCUUCCCCUUCAGGGGGGCCCACCGCCACAAGCUGGUGGAAAUGUAGACACGUUGCAAAGUGAUAUCUUCCGCCUCAUUGAUUCGUGUCAAACGGCCGUUAAACGCGAGCCACAGAAUCACGAGUUGCAGAAGCGACUACAGGCCUUGGUUGACCUCCGGAACAUCCUGAAGACUCAACAGCUGCCCGAAGCCCAGCUUGUACUCAUCCGAGAUCAGGUCCGGGCUCUGGCCAACCCGACUCCACCGCCGCCGGUGAUGGCUCCGACUCCACCGCCGCCACAGCCACCCGCCCCUCAGAUGCCGCCGCCAUUGCCGAUGUUGAGCACUCAGGAUUUGGCCUCUCUCCUGGCCACGGUUCCCCUCCCUCCUCCAGGUUCUCAGCCGCCAAUGGGUAUGCCGGCCUCCUUUUCACUACCUCCGGCUCCGAUGAUGGUCCCGCCGCCCAUCCAGCCACCACCUCCGCCACCGCCAGCAAUGCCCAACUUUGGUAACAUGGAUCCAGCGGCUUUGCCUCGUCCGCACCUCAUCCCCAGACUGAAUGAGACUCUCCCGAACAAGUGCAGCUCCUGCGCCAGACGCUUUGAAGAUUCGGAGAAAGGCCGCGCGGAGAAGAGGGCGCAUCUUGAUUGGCACUUCCGUGUGCACCAGCGCAUGGCCGAGAGUGUCAAGCGUGGUCAGAACAGGAGUUGGUAUGUUGACGAAGAGGAAUGGAUCAAGACUCCGGAUGAAGCAGAAGACAUUAUGACUGCCGACGCCGAGGCCGCUUCCUCCGCACCAAAACAGGAGACCCAGCAAGCCGCUGCCGAAGAGCUCCGACGCCAAUACGUUGUCGUCCCCGAUGCAACCGAGACGCACAGGGUGUGUCCCAUCUGUCAGGAGGAGCUCAAGUACGUCUGGCACGACGAGACCGACGAGUUUGUCUGGAUGGACGCCAAGCAGGUCGGAAAUAGGAUCUACCACGCCAGCUGUCAUGCAGAAGCUAGUAAAGACCGUGCUGGUGCGGCUGCCCCGGGAAGUAGAGGGGGUACACCCGAGAGUGUGGGUGUUAAACGCAAGGCCGAGGACGACGAGGCCGAGAGAAAAGUCAAGGUCAAAUGUGAGUCUGCUUAG